UUAUUAAAACUCAUGGAUGAUUAAACCUUUUGAAAGUUAAUUUGUAUUGAAAAUUUAUCACUUUAAAUUGUGCAAUUUGGAAUGUCUAAAGUUAUAAAUUUUCAUGCAAUUUUAUAGGUCACAAAGAGUAGCAAGUUUUUCAUGUCAAUCUUCUUUUUUCCUUCUCCCCAAUUUAACCAAUUUUCUCUCCUUUCUCUUGCAAUUCUCAAUUUUCUCUCACACAACAGAAAACAUUUUCCGCGCGCCCGAGAAAAUUGCAAUAUUAUUAGUUUUGCUCUCACUCGCAUGCUUUUGCCAGGCUUUUUUAUUUGUUGUUGAUUUCUUGAUAUGAAUACAUUACUAUUCGUACAUCUUCUGUCUAUCCGUGUGUCUCUUCAUUAUUUUUAGAUAAAAGAACAUUUUUUCACAAUUUUGUGACUCUGUUUUAAUAUUUUCGGCUACAACUUGGCUUCAACGUUUGGUCAAUAUAAUCAGAAAAAUUCUUAAUGCUCAGCGAAGUGAAUAUACAGUGGCAAAUGAUUUGUGGUCGUAUUGCGUAAAUAUUUAGGAAUUUUUUUUCCUUUGUUUUGAGAAAAUAUGAUGCUAUAAAAACCUUAAGAAUGUAAAAUUUUGACUAAUUUCAUUUAACAAAUCAUACAAUUUUUGUGAGUGAAAAAGUUACAAGGAAAAAUUUCCAAAAAGAAAGUUUUUAAAAUAAAAAAGAAAAGUCAAAUAAAAUUUUCUAAUCAACAAGGCAGCAUACAGUUGGAAUAAUCAUCAUGUAUAGCGAUAAAUUGCCAACAAAUUGGCUAAUAAUUUCAAUUGUACUCUAUGGAUUUGUGUGUCUAUGGAUAAUCCCACAAGUAUCAGCAGAGUGUCAAACACGUUCGAUAUAUUGUUAUGAGUGUGAUUCGUGGACAGAUGCGAGAUGUAAAGAUCCAUUCAAUUAUACGGCACUUCCUCGUGACCAGCCACCCUUAAUGACAUGCAAUGGAUGUUGUGUUAAAAUGGUGCGCCAUGCUAAAACACCUUAUGAGGUUGUAAGAAGGUUGUGUACAUCUCAAUUGCAGAUAAACUUGUUUAUGGUUGAUCACGUGUGUAUGCAGGAAAGUUCUGGCACUGGUCAUAUGUGCUUCUGUGAAGAUGACUUAUGCAACGAUGGCAUUAGUCUAGCGAUGUUUUCGAAAAAGCAAUUACUUUUUGUCAUGAUAUUGGGUUUUUUAACAACAAUUAAUUACUUGAGAAAUAGAUAAAAGAUUGAUGAUUGCUGAA